AGGAGUUCUGUCGACGAUGGACAACUCCUGGCACAGCAUCGUUUUGCGGCAAUAAACAAACAACAACUAACAUCACCAGGUCGUUAUUCAUUACCACGAAAAAAACCAAUUCCAACGGAUUUUGGUAGAGACACUUUCGGUCCUCCCGGUUCAUUUUCUCCCACUGCUCAUAUUCAACGUGGAGUAUCCUCAUUUACCCGUAACAAUAUAUCACCGUUACAACACUACUCGUAUCAACGCGGAGACGGCUGUCACUCGCAGCAAGAUGAUCCAGCAAAUUUUGAAUACUUUGUACCGAGAAGUAUAAGUGAAUUUAAUUUAUCAGCCUCGUCUGUUCAAGAUAUAGCAAUAGCGCCAGUACCUCUUCCUAAUUCUGUUUUGAAACCUUGUUCAAAUAUAGCGACUUGUACUUCAUCGCAAACUAAAACGACUGGCACCAAUGUCCAGAGUAAUAAUUCGUGUCUAGGUCGUCCGAGUACCGAAAGCACUAGUGGAACUGCUAGUGCGAUAUUGGGAACUCGUAGCCGCGAAAAAAUGGUUACAUUCGAAGACGAAGGGUGUCCAGGUUCAACCCCAACACGUAAAAAUUUACCGCCAACUAUGGAGAACGUUUUUAUGUGACGCUAUAAAUUUAUAAAAUUAACAAUUAAAAUAAUAAUUAACGCGUCAUCAUUUAUAAUUAAAAAUUAUUUUUAAAUGUGCUGCUGGAGUUGAUAUAUUUGGUAAUGCAUUUUCGGCUGUGCAUUAAUGGGACACAUUAUUAUAAAUUAGUCAUUGUCUUCAUUGUCACUUAUUAUCAUCAUCAUCAUCAUCAUCACAACAUAAUUGUUAUUACCAUAAUUAUAAUUGAUUUAUAUUAUUAAUUAAACUGUCCUCACUACUGUCAUUACUUUGUGACAUUAUUAAAUUGUGACUGCCGUAAAAUUUACGACCCUCGGUUUACAUAUGAAAAACAAAUAAAAUAUUGUAAUAAUAAUAACACUAAAAAAAUAUUGAUAGGUUGUUACUUUGAUCAAUUAUCUAACAUAAUCUGCUAUGUAAUUGCAGUCUUAUAGUUAAAAUUAUUAUUAUUAUCAUCACUUGUAUUGUGAUAAACAUUAUAUUUAAUAUAAGAGGAAAAUUUAAACUGUUGUACCUAAAUCAUAU